GGAGGCAAUUUGUGUUGAAUUUCAGCCCGAAAAGAUGGAAUUCGUGAGAUACAUAUAUGUGAGAUACAACGGAGUCGUCGAUGGUAUACACUAUGUUGGCGGGGCUACGGAGGUCCUUCCCCUCUUAAAUGAAACAGUUGCGAGCCUGAUAUACAGCAUCAACAAUGUGCUGACAACGCAUUCGUUGAGCCCGAACUAUCAAUUGUAUUAUUUGGCGACCAAUCGAUUUGGAAGGGAGACGAAAUGCGUAAUAAGUGACGACGAUGAUGUGCAAGGCUUGUUGGAAACUGCCGAAUAUCCCAUGGUGUACGUUGAGCACAACAACGACCCGGUCGAAGAAGCGUACAUCCCUACUUUUGAUUUUGGCCAGGCUUCGGGAUACGGAGAUGAUGAAGCACAAUCUAGUCAGUAUGAGACGUCGUAUCAUGCUCGCGAGAGCGCGCCUCCAACACAGUACUUUUCAUGGGAUGGGCAACCGUUGGACGAAUCCGCAUGGAAUCUGAAUGAAAUGUGCGGGAGAUUCAACCAGGGGCUGAGGCAAAAGUUGUACGCUCAGAUCAGGGACGCCUCUAUUACAAGUGCAAGCACUCUGAUAAGUGCAAGUUCGAUGUGCGUGCAUCUUGUCACGGCGGAGGGAUGUGGGGAGUGCAUAAGUUUAAAGAGCACUCUUGCGAAGGGGAGUUGGGCAUUUUGA